GCGAGAUUUCGCCAUCGCGAGAGUUGGGCGAUAGUUUGAUUUUCUUUCACGAAAAAAUGGCGCCACCGAAGCGAAAGUCGUCCCAAACGGUGGAUUAUUCACAGAAACCCGCUUUAUCUGAGGUGAUAUGUCCGAUAUGUAUGGAAAUCCUGGUAGAACCGGUCACCAUGCCAUGUUCACACGAGCUGUGUAUGCCGUGCUUCCAGGAGAACGUCCAAAACGGCGAGGCAAACUUCGUCUGUCCGAUGUGUCGGCUGCGCAUCUCCAGUUGGGCCCGGAAGAACGCGCGGGAACACACGCUUGUCAACAAAGAAAGAUGGGCACAGAUUCAGCGUUACUUCCCAGAAAAGUGCGAGAGAAGACUUCGGGGCGAGGAGAAUGAUACACUAGACGAUCUGAGCGACGAAGAGUUGCCAAUUACCAACUUCCCUGUAGUAUCAGAGCCAGGAGAACUCAGAAGAGAGUAUGAAGAACAGAUGAAAAAGUUUGAAGAACAGCGUAAGAAGGAACAGGAAGCAGCUCUGAAGGCCAGUAUGGAGUACAUCCAGCGGAUGCAGGAGGAGGAGGAACAGCAGCGCAGGGAGCGGGAGGAGAAACUUAAGAAGGACGAGGAGGUGGCCAGACAACUCAUGGAGAUGGGGGUGAGGUCUCCUGCAGUUCAGGGGAAGGACAAGAACGACAGCGACGUCGUGAUCGUCACGCCAACCAACAGUCGAGUGUCUUCCAAGCAGACCAAUGGCAGCGGCAGCAUCAUGAGCUUCCUUUCUCCGCGGUCAAACAACAAACGUGAGCCUGAGCCAGAAAAGUACAUCACACCCCCACCCUCCUGUUGUAGGAAAGGUUUGCACGGUAACGACAUCUGCCAGCCGGGCAGCAGCAAAAAGAGCUCCCCCUACCAGGAAACUGACACAAACACAAAGGACAGGUCCAGCACAAGCAGCUUGGAGAUUGGAGAGGGAAGUCCGAACACCAGCGGCCACAACUCCAGUCAUCACAGCGACAAGGAGAACAGGAGCGAGCCGUCCUCGCGGCCAGGGAGCUUCACUGUCGCACCCAGAGUGAACAGGAGCAGCUCGGGCUCCCUGAAGGAGUUGUUACCAACCCUGGAGAAUGUCUCGCGGUCUGCUAGUGUGGAGAGUAGAGACAGUAUAACAGAGGAGCUCAACCACUUCAAACCCAUCCACUCGUCCCCUCGUACGCCGCCGAAGAAAGGCGCCGACGGACGACCGCUUUCCCCGGUAAUCGUAAGGAGCACGCCGAGAAACCUCAACAGUGCGGACUUCGGGAAGGACACGUCGUACGAACUUGAGGGGAGUUCGAAGGUGCUGCAGAGGUGGUUGAGGGUGAUGGAAGAACGUAAUGCAGCCCAGGAGAUAUCCACAAAGUCCCGAGCAACCUGCACCGCCGGCGUAGAGUCCAGUCCCAAACGAAAGACGAGAAACAGGUCACGAAAUGUGAAACGUGAGCCAGCAAGUGCCUUAGAAGAAAGCGUUGCAGACGAAAAGGGAGAGACGGCAGCUCGUCAGUAUGAGGUACCCGACACGUUGGACUCGGACAGUGACAGUACUGACAUAGAAAGAGAGUCCCCAAGGAAAAAAGUCCGAGUUGUGGAAGUCAACUCAUCACAAGGAGAUAGGAAUGUACACAGUAAUGUUAGUGUGAAGGAAGAAGGACCUUUGCAGCCAAAGAACGUACCAAACAAAGGAAAAGGAAAGGUAAAGCAGAAGCAGUCGAAACCACAGAGAAGACCAAGUGGUAGUAAGACGAUCGACUCGUACUUUGAGGCCAGCCCUCCCCAAUCUGUCCCUGAAGGGCUGUUAAAAACAAAGGUUACGAACGGAAACGGGCCAACAGAACUUCCUACGCAGGACGAUUCAGACAAGGACAGUGAAGUGUCUUCCACAAGAGGUACUCCAAGGAAAAGGAAAGCUUCAAGAAGGCAAAGAAAUACGACGAGAGGGGCUUCGACCACACAGCAAAAGACAGAAGAAGACAGCACGGAUGCCUCAGCAAAACCUUCAGGGAAACGCACCUGUAAAACCAAGCACACAGAGCCUGAUGUGGCAACGAACACGACUGACAAUACCAGCAACCAGAAUGGUGAAAACGGCCACAGGCUCACUCCUGAGGAAGAAGACCACUUGUUGGCUUUAAGACUGCAGAAACAGUUUGAUCUGGAAUCCAGACGUCAGGUCGAACCAAACCGGAAGAAAGGGACCAUCGAUGAGUACAUGUUGAGGGGUAGUAGAAAGAGAACUCAAAGUACAGCAAAGGUUUAAGAUUCAACAUUGACGAGAUAAUACUGUUAUGUCUACAUUCUAAGCAUAUUUGAUGUAAUCAGUUAAUAUGCAAAAUCCUUUUUAAUGGGUUUUAAUCAUAUGUACAUUUGUUCAUGUAUGUACCAAGGAUUGAGCUUCUGAUGGUCGAUCUUAACUACUUUUAAUGCUUUUAUGUUUAAUCAUAAAAACAAGUUGGCCAGUUUUGUGGAUGAUGUGUUUCAAACGAGGCCGAUUUCUUGUAGUGAUUAAUUGUUUAUCAAUCAUUAGUAGUUGAUAGGAUCACAAUGUUUUGUGUUGUUAUAUUCCACAAGCAGUAGCACAAGUUUUUUCACCACUGCCACGUUCAUUACCAUCUAGCUGUACAAUGAAUUCUUCAAGCUGGUUUAAAUGUACAAUGUAAUAUAAUGCAUUUAAAGAUUUAGAUGUAUGCAUCGUUUACUGAGAAUUCAAAUGUUGUAGUUAGAUACCCUAAACCCGCAUGUACCUAUGGUAUGUGCACAGUCUCUAUAGUUUUUAGUUACUUUUAAAACUAGUUAUCUUGCACAGGUACUAGUAGAGUUCUAAGGUCACAUAUUAUGUAUUGCACACUGGUUUGUGUAUAGAAUGUAAAGAAUUCAGUUGGAUGGUUGUUAUGUUUGCUCAUUAACUGACUGUUAAUGUCAAAUUUGUAGAGAAAAAGACAGGGCUAUGAACUGAUCAACAAGAAGGGUGGUUGAGUUUUGUUAACAAGAGUUGAAAAGAAUUUGCAGCAAAAUAGAAC